AUGACAAGAAAGAAAGUUAAGCUUGCAUACAUCACAAACGAUAGCUCAAGGAAGGCCACCUUCAAGAAAAGAAAGAAAGGGCUGUUGAAAAAGGUGAGUGAGCUUAGCACCCUUUGUGGGAUCGAAACAUGCGCAAUUAUUUACAGUCCUUAUGAACCACAACCUGAGCUUUGGCCAUCCCCCAUGGGAGUCCAACGUGCGAUCGCAAGGUUGAAGACGAUGCCGGAGGCCGAUCAAAGCAAGAAAAUGGUGAACCAGGAAAGCUUCCUGAGGCAAAGGAUAACCAAAGCUCAGGAGCAACUGAAGAAACAGCAGAGAGAGAACCGGGAGAAGGAAAUGACGCAAGUCAUGUACAGAAGCUUGGUUGGAGAAGGGUUGGGAAAUCUGAGCAUUGGCGACUUGAACGAAAUGGGGUGGCUUAUUGAGAAGAACAUAGCGGAAAUUGAAGAGAAGAUUAAGUCACUUCAACAAAAGCCUCCUCCCCAAGCCAUUAAGACUGAGGAGAAUGACCAUCAUGAUCAGGCAGCAGCAAAGAACACGAUUGGUUUGGGUAUGGAUGCAACACAGAAUCAGCAGCAAUGGUUAAUGGAGUUUCUGAAACCCAAUGAAGACUACAUGGCAAUACAGAAUCAUCAAUGGUUAAUGGAGUUGCUGAAAUCGAAUGAUCAGAACGUGGGUUUUGGCAGGAACGAAGACGUGCUUCAGCCAUAUGCAUUCAACAGUAACAGUAGUUUGUGGUACUAG